AAAACAUGCCACAGUUGAAACAAAAGAAAAAGAAAAAGAAAAAAAAAAAUCUGAUACAAGGGCUCCCAGCGAGGGAAGAAGAAGCUUUCUCCUCACCAAGCAAGAAGAGCAUGGCUUUAGCCUCCCCUCAACACGCCUUCCUCACAGGCAACCCCCUCUCCUCAAUUCCCAAGCCCACAAGGAGGUCGCUUCCGCCCCUACUGCUCUCAUUCCGGUGUUCCAUGGAAAAGGAAUCAGGCUCAUCUGGAAGUGAGAUGAAGUUGGCCAAACUGGGUAUUGUCACGUUGGCGGCUGGUGUGCUCACUCUUGGGUCUGUCCAUGAUGCCAUGGCCGCCAAGUCCGGUGGCAGAGUCGGAGGUCAGGCGUUCCGGUCAGCAGCACCAAGGUCAUCAGGCCCGCGAAUUAACAAUUCAAGGACUAAUGUAUUCAUCAACCCACCAAUGGCGCCGCCUCUUGUUGGUGGGUAUGGCUAUGGGGUACCAUUCUACGGUGGAUGGGGCUGGUCUCCUUUCACAUUCUUUGCACCAGGCCCCAGCAUUGCAGUAGGUAUUGGAGGAGGGUUUGAAGUAUUUGCUGCGUUCUUAGUGCUUGGAGCGAUUGCAGCUGUUAUCAGAAGAUUCACAGGAUGGCGAGAUGGCGAUGAAGAUGACUACUGAUGCUAUUCCAUCAGCCAUAUUGAAGUCACACCAAAACUACUCCGCUUUUGUAUUCAUGAUUAAUAUCUUUAUUCCCGAAAAAUAUAUGCUAAGAGAGAUAAACAGUACAUACAUCAUAUUAUUAUUUGAUCUUGUUGCAAUUAAAACAUGUAUCUAUCUAACUUCCGAGGUUACUAUAAAACUAUUAAUUUUUGCUGCACAACAAACAUCUAUGUACCAAUAUUGGUACUUGUUCUUGAUAAA